AUGGUCGGUGUUCCUAACGUAACCAGUGAAACCCUAUGGGUUGUCCUGAAAGGUGUACAAGUCCAUCUUGCACUGCCAUUAGAGUACUGCUGUGGACACGGGUAUGGCAGAGCUGCAAAUAUUCAGGGAAGAAUAAAAGGAAUUGCAACCAGGAUAAUGAAGGAAAACCUUUUAACAUUGAACGUGUACUAUUUGGCACAUUCUCUCAACUUGUGCCUCCAAGAUGUCACUCGAAAGUGUCCAGUAAUUAGAGAUGCUCUUGACUUGACACAGAAAAUAUUACAGCUCAUAAAGCUUUCCUCCAAGCAAUGUCUCAUCAAAUCCAAGCAGGAGAGUUCUGGCCCACAUGUUUCUGGAAAUUUCAAGCCCUUAAUGUUCAAGCAGAUGGAUGAAGAAAUCAACACCACUACCAGUGAUGAAUACUCCCAUCGACCUGGUGGACAGAUGGCUAAAAUGGAGAACUUUUCAACAUUCUUUGGUCUGAAAUUGGGGCAUUUGGUCUUUGCAGCCUCAGAGAUACUAUCAGUAAAUUUCCAAGCUAUAAAGAUCUCAGUUCAUGAUGCUACCAAAGCUGUAGAGCCUGCCAUAAAGUACUCUGCUGAUCUUCGGAGUGAUAAGUUCGGUACCUUCUUCAGAGAUGUUCAGAAGAUUACACCUGAUAAUGCCAUAUGCCGUCACAACACAUAA